AUGAUUUGGAAGUUUUAUCCAACUAAAAGAGAUGAAAUUCGUCGAGCUUAUCUUAAAGCUGGACCAAAUCAACCAAUACUUGAUAAGUAUCCAUUCUCGAGUGAUACAAGUCGUCGUCGUCAUUUUCAAGCUUCUUGGUUUGAAUUAUACCCUUCAUGGUUAGAGUAUUCUAUUGAAGAUGAUGAUGUAUAUUGUUUACCAUGCUACCUAUUUGCUAUAGAAUCUUCAAUCAACACAGGUUCAAAUGCUUUAAUUGAAGAUGGCUUCAGGAAUUGGAAGAAGGUAAAUAAUGGAAAAGAUUGUCCUCUUUUGAAUCACAUUGGCAAAGGCCCCAAUUCGUUCCAUCAUAGGGCAACGAAAUCAUGUGAUGAUUUGAUGAAGCAAUCACAACAUGUUGAUACACUUAUGAAACGACAAACAUCAGAGAAAAUUGAGAAUAAUCGACGUAGACUUGGAGCAUCUAUUGAUUGUAUUAGAUGGUUGACUUUUCAAGGUUGCGCUUAUAGAGACCAUGAUGAAAGCUCGAGUUCAGGUAAUCGAGGUAACUUUAUUGAAUUGUUAAAGUUUUUGGAUUCUUACAAUAGUAGUGUUCAAAAGCUUAUUUUGGAAAAUGCUCCUAGAUUUGCUAAAUAUACUUCAAGUGAUGUUCAGAAAGAAAUUAUACAUGUUCUUGUUACAAUGGUAAGAAACUCAAUUAGAAAGGAUAUUGGAGAUGCCAAAUUUUGUAUUAUCAUUGAUGAAGCUUGUGAUGAAUCUAAAAAAGAGCAAAUGGCUAUUGUUUUGAGAUUUUUUAAUGUGGAUGGUUUUGUUCGUGAACGCUUCUUUGAUCUUGUACAUGUUAGUGAUACUAGUGCCUUGACUUUGAAAAAAGAGUUGGUGUUUGUGCUUUCUAUUUAUAAUCUCCAAAUUGAAAAUAUUCGAGGUCAGGGGUAUGAUGGUGCUAGCAAUAUGAGAGGGAAAUGGAAUGGUUUACAAGCUUUAUUUCUCAAUGAUUGCUGA